CUGUUCCCAAGUGAGGUGCGAUGAAAGGAAAUGAAUUUCUCAACUCUCUCAAGUUUGUGGUGCCCCAUCCAAAAAUUGAUUGAUGGCAGCAAAAUCUCUGAUCCAGUUCAACUGAAGGAAGAGCAUGGGGCUCAUUUUCAAGAAAUUUUUGACACUAAGAGUGUACUGAGACGCGGCAUAAGUCCUGAGAUCAUCAAUUUAGGUUUGUCUCUAGUAAAAGAGACAUAUGUCUUGUACUUGGGGAGCAUAAAGCACUGGGUUUUGAUGAUUAUUCUUUCUUCCCUUCUUUUGAAGAAAUUGUUAAACAUUACUGAUCCUGAUAUCUUUGAAGCUAUGAGAAGUUCUUUCUUCCCUCUUUGCAAAGGAAAACUUGGCUAUGUUUAUGCUGCUGCUGAACACUAGUGCCAACAACUAGGAAAGCCUUCUACUUUCAAUGAUAUAGGUUAUGCAGAUGCUGCAGUAUACUCUACAAAAUACAUUGGAAAGAUUUUUUGUUUUUUUGAGGAUUUCUAAGCUUUUAUCACAAGAACCUUCUAAGGAAUUAUCACA